ACAGUUUGUGCCAAACAUCCUGUGUGCGACGAGCGAGCUUAACCGAGUUUCUCUAACUCGGACAGAUGUUGGGUGUGGGCUACAACAGUCCCGACCUCAGAAACCUCCCAACAUCUGGCCGCGCAUGCUCAUUAAAAACGGGGUUAACUUCCAUUAGACGUGAAAGAGUUGGGAGAACCUUUUCUCUUCUUUCACGCGUUUCUUUUACCCUCCGUCACAAAAUGGGAAGAGGACGGCGCGAGUAAGGAGGAAGGAAAGGUGAAGAAAGCCCUGCUGACGUCGCCGUGUGAAUGCAGGAAGGAGUACGUUUAAGUUGACUUAAAGUACUUGGACUUGGACAUGCUGCUUCAGACCUCGGCGGAGUUGUUGUUGUUGUCGUUCUCCUUCACUCGGCCUCUCUCUCCGCUGUAUUGACGCCACAGCUUGGUACAGUUCUUGUUUUGUUUCGUUGUGGGGUUUUUUUUUAACACUUUUUCCUCUUUAGUGCACUUAUUUAUACGUGCUGUUCCUACUGAUAGUGUUACGGCGACAGUCGUAACUCUUUUGUGAAUUUAUAAUGUCAAAGAAAACUUUCACCAUGGGAAAGCGCUGCGCCGUGGCAGUCACGGCGAUCCUGCUUCUCGGUUUCAUCUCCUCUUUGGAGGCAGAAGAGGCAUCCUGUCAUGGAGCCUUCGACCUCUACUUUGUACUAGACAGAUCUGGAAGUGUUUCGACUGAUUGGGCUCAGAUCUUUGACUUUGUGAAAAAUCUUGUCGACCGAUUUGUGAGCCCAAAAAUGAAGGUUUCCUUCAUUGUCUUCUCCUCAAAAGCAGAGCUCAUUUUGCCACUGACUGGAGACAGGACAAAGAUACAGGAAGGCUUGAAGAAACUGAGUGAGGUCAAACCUGCAGGUGAAACGUUCAUGCAUGAAGGGAUUAAACUGGCAUCUGAGCAAAUGAAAGGACAAACCCAAAAGUCUUCAAGCAUCAUCAUUGCAUUGACCGAUGGAAAGCUUGAUGUCUAUGUUCAUGAACUCACUACGGCUGAGGCAAACACAGCAAGGACAUAUGGGGCUCGAGUGUAUUGUGUUGGUGUUAAGGACUUUGACAAGGAUCAGCUGGCUGAGGUGGCUGACACUGCAGAGCAGGUGUUCCCGGUUAAAGAUGGCUUUCAGGCGCUAAAAGGAAUUGUUAAUUCGAUCCUCAAGCAGUCAUGCACAGAGAUCUUAACGGUGGAGCCGUCCAGUGCCUGCGUGAACCAGUCCUUUGACAUGGUCCUAAGAGGGAACGGGUUCACGCUAGGGAAAGCCAAAGAGGAAGUCCUCUGCAGCUUCACGGUGGACGGCAAGAACUACAAUGAGAAGCCAACCACAGUGAGACAUGACUAUGUGCUGUGUCCUGCGCCGGUGCUGCAGUAUGCUGGACAAAAAAUGGAAGUUCUUAUCAGCUUGAAUGGUGGCAAGUCCUACAUUACAAGCGCCUUCACAAUCACUGCCUCAACUUGCUCAGAUGGUUCAGUGGUGGGCAUUGUGUUCCUGGUACUGUUACUGCUUCUGGCUUUGGCUCUUAUGUGGUGGUUCUGGCCUCUCUGCUGCACCGUGGUCAUUAAAGAUCCACCUCCUAAACGCCCUCCUCCACCACCACCUAAACCAGAGGAAGACCCACUGCCCAAGAAGAAAUGGCCAACUGUGGACGCGUCUUAUUAUGGAGGAAGAGGAGCCGGUGGAAUCAAACGCAUGGAGGUGCGUUGGGGUGAAAAGGGCUCCACAGAGGAGGGGGCGAGACUGGAGAUGGCCAAAAACGCAGUGGUGUCAAUGCCGGAAGAGGUGGAAGAGCCUAUGAUCAAAAAGCCCUCGGCACCUGCAUCCUCCUACCAUCAUCCAGAGACUAAGUGGUACACACCAAUUAAGGGUCGUCUUGAUGCACUUUGGGCACUGCUGCGGAGACAAUAUGACCGAGUUUCCCUUAUGCGGCCAACUAAUGCGGAUAAGGGACGGUGUAUGAAUUUCAACCGAGUGCAACAUCAGUAGACAGCCUUCAAUCACUGAAAUAUGUGGACAUCCAGUAUUUCGGAGGGUGCAAGGAAAAUAUGUCAGGUUUUUUUGUUGUUGAUGUAGAUGAUAUACCUUGUCCAUAGCACAGUACGUGUUUGUUUAGGGCUCUUUUAAUUCCAAGCAUUGGCCUUCCCCAACCAUUUCAUCUUCUUUAAAUGAUUUAUAUUGUAUCCCUCGAGCUGCUAUAGGAGGAUUGAGUCGUGCUUUAGCGCAGAUAAAGUAAAUACAUCAAAAAGUGCCUGAUUUUGUGUCGGAUUUGGUUAGCCGCUUUGUGCGCACCAAAGGCUUAACAUAUUCUGACCAUAUUGUGCCUUCUGUGGGGGGGGGGAAAUAAUUUUAAUGGACACAGACGGAGGCUAUUUAAAAAAAAAAAAGGGAAGAAAGAAAAAAAAACAGAACGAGUAGAGGCUGUUUGCCGUUGGCGUGGAAGUAGAAAUAAUCCCAGUAGGCUCGGGGAGUGCAGAAGUCCAGUGCCUUUUGGCAAUGUCUCACCACAAAGCCUCUCCAUGUCCACUCUCGCUCGAUGCCUGGCGGGACGUCUUUGACUGGAGAUCUUGUCAUUUUAACACUGAGAAGUGCACACGCAUGACAAAUUGUAGACAGAACGCCCUAAGGUACUGGACGCAAUAAGACUUUGCCCUUUAGUUUGUGAAGACACCUUUCUAUCAUUGUGUGCUCGGGACCUAAAAAUUAAUAGAGCGUUAUUGCACCGCAAGACAGCCUGUGACCAAAGGACUGCGGCUACUUUUUGAGGGACAGAUGCUUCAAGACCUUGACAUGGUAGUUGGUGUGGAUUUUUUUUUUUGCCCCCCUUCCAACGUUCUGCAGCCUGCUUCUGACUUUCACAAUUCGUAAACGCGGCUAGUUUUUAAGACAUAGAUACAGCUGUCUCGCCAUGCUUCUCUCCGAGGCUCUCCCAGCGUCUCAACCCAGUAGUUCACUCGACGAAAGUUUAAUUAAAAUAAUUAAAGGCAACAGCAAGCAGCAGCCUGCAAAGCUUUUGCUCAUCUUUCUGACAUUGAAUGACCUACUACUGUAUCCCCAUCGUUGAGAAUUAAAAGAAAGGCUUCGCCGCCAUGGCAACGUGAGAACCCUUCCAUCCAAAACUCGAAAGGAAAGGGGGCGACGGAUGGAUAAGUAUUGUUCAUUUCCAGAAAUUAUCCUCAUUGUCCACCCCUCCUCAUGCACACACACCAAAAAAAAAAAAAAAGGAAAAAAAGGCGAGCACUAUAAUUCUGUUGUGGAUUCGGCCGGUGUGCUGUCAUGACGCAAAAUUAUGCUAGCACGGGCGGAAACACUGCGGGGGGAGGACGAGGGGCGGCAGCUGAAGAAAAAGGCUCGAACGAUCCAGUCACUUUCGAUACGCUACUUCAGAUGCGAAAUGGAUAUUCGAGUCGAAAUCUGACAAAGCGCGCCGGCUUUGACGGGAAGCGGUAUAGACAAUGACCAGUGGCUGGGUCAGUGGGAUGUCUCGGUGCAAGCAGGGAAGCUUAUCAAAUGACACUAAAAAUAAGUUCAACAACCAUCAAGUUUGAGGGGGGAAACGGAACAGGGUGCAUUCGGCUGGGCAUGCAAGUGCACCAGACAGUAGGGGCAUCACACAAGCACCUAAUUAUUCCUUUGUUGUCUUCGUCUCCAAUUGUAAGAGCUGUGAAUUAUUCCUUUAGCCCCAAAUAAAAAAAACAAGAUGUGGCAUAUUAUUAAUAAAGGAAAUCCUUCCGCAUAUGCACUUUAAAAAGUGCAAUACACUUUUUUCGGAUCGCCAAAUGAGAUAUUGUACAGUACAGAUAGAGGGUGUUUUUCUGCCUUAUGUCAGGAAUCGGAGGACUGUUAUUAACCCUUACUAAUGAGCUAUUUACAUAUUGGUCACAACACAGCUUUUCAAUGUACUAACUCACCGCAUAGAAUUCAGCAGUAGAAUUUAGCCUUCUGAAGUGUCCUCACGGAGAGCUUGCAGAUUUUUUUUUAAUUAUACAAGUUUUUCUGUAUUUUUUCUACCUAUUAAAUAUUUUUCCCAUUGUUAUUUUUCUUUUUUAAAUGCAUUUUUAUAUUGUUUUAUAUUUAUGUUAAUGAUAUAAUGUUGUUUUUUUCCCUUAUUUUGUGUGCACAUUAAUGUACAUGGAGAGGGGAAGGUGACAAACUAAAAUGCCUAGUGUGCCUGUUUCGCACCUUUUCUAUUUGCAAGAAAAAUUGUUUUAGAUUUUUUUUGUGUACACCCUUCUGUAAAGAGCACUAUCAACAUGAAAUUGUCAUGAUUGAUUAGUUGUUAUAUUUAUACUCAUUAAAACUGGCAAACAUAUCAAAAUGUAAAAACAACAUGACAAGCUUUCUUUAAUAGAUAAGUUCAGUAGCUUAUUUGUGUCCUGGCCAUUUUUGCCUAUUAAGCCUAAAUGAAAAGUGCUAGUAAAAAAAUAUAUAUUUUAUAUUAACAUAGUCAGUUUAACAAAAUUUGGUUUGAAAUUUUUAAAUGCUGCCAAAAAUAUGUGCACUAUUUUGUAUUUUGCCAUGUUGUAACCAGUACCUCUUUUUAAUGUAAAUGGAGGUAAAAUUGUUUGUCCAUAUGUUAUUUACGAUGCUGUGAUUUGAAACGUAUCACUGAACUUUGGCCACUGAAUGUAUAACAACUUCAAAAUCAAUGCUCCUCACUUUAAUGUGCUUUCAACAAAAAAAAGCAUCAAAACGCAUCAGCACUCCCUCUAGUAGGUUUGCUACACCUCAUGCAUGAUAUAAGUUAAAAUGUAAUAUAGAAACAUUAGAGAAUAGUGUAAAAAUGUGCAUAGUGGAAAGUGAAUAGCCGCUAUGUAACCAGACAUGCAAAUACAGCUCCAGCCUGAAAUGCCACACAGUUAAUGGACUUUUCUUCAUAUUCUUCUCUUCUAGUUCUUUUCCUCAUUAAUUGUUGCUAUGGAACUCUAGAGCUGCAAGGCAUUUUGUGUCAGAAAUAUUAAAGAAUGAUUUAGUUAUUAUUAUGCGUGUUAGUAAUGAUAGUUUUAUAAUUUGUGCAGUUAUUUUAUAGAUACAGUAGACGUUUUCACUUGUGCUAAAACACAAUCACUGUGCAGAACAUUGUUAUGCAUUUUCAGUAACAGUGCUCUGCGUGGCGCUUCAAUGAUAUCACUUUUUUUUCCUUAUUAUUGUUCUGUUCAUUUGUAUGAAAUAAAUGCAUAUUUUGUC